AUGGAAUGUCUGGCCAGCAAAGGCUCAACUGAAGAAGAUCCCUCUGCAGGUGAAGCUGCGAUUGUCUAUCAGUUCGAGCUUCGCAAGUCUGAAUUGACAAAAUUGGCUGCAGCAUGGGAGAAACCGCUACGUCAGGUCCCGUAUCCCACAUCCGGGUUGCCAGCAUGGGGCCCGUCUGAGGAAGAUCUGCUCCAAGUCCGCAUCGAGGACAUGUUUGCUAGAACGUCGGUUGGCAGCUGGAAGGAGCCUGAUACGCCAUCAUAUCAAGAGGACAUCGCAUCAGACAGCGACUCUGGGACAGAUACCGAAUACUUUCCCUACGACGAACUGGACGCCUUCGAGCGUGCCGGUGAUUGGCGGGAGCUUCAGGGUAUCUCAGCGCACAUGGACUAUCCCGAUUGGCUUUAG